UUAAAGGUAUAAUAGUGGAACGUAUGAUGACUUAACUGUUGGAGCAUAACGAAGUCAACGAAUGAAAAUCAAAUGAAAGCAGAGCUUGAUUCGAUUGUUCCUUGCUUGUAUUGGCAGUGGCGAAAUGAGUUCCUCCACCAAAAAGCACGACGUGUUCGUGAGCUUCAGAGGAGAAGAAACACGAGCCAACUUCACCAGUCAUCUUUACAAAGCUCUCGAAGAUAAAUCAAUCGGAGCUUACAUAGAUUGCCAGCUAGACAGAGGAGUUGAUGUCUGGCGGGGACUUGCCAAAGCAAUUCAGGACUCACAUGUUUCAAUUGUUGUUUUCUCCGAAAACUAUGCUUGUUCCAAAUGGUGUUUGGAUGAACUGGUGGAAAUUCUUGAAUGCAGAAAAAAACUGGGUUUGGUAGUUAUACCUAUCUUUUACAACGUAGAUCCAUCAGACAUAAGGAAUCAGAAGGGUACUUUCGAGAAGGAAUUGACAGAACUGUUGGAAUCCAAUGAAGAGAAAGGGCCAAAGUGGAAAGCUGCUCUCACUGAAGCAGCCAAUAUAUCUGGAUGGGACGCUAGGACACAUAGGGACGAAGCUCAUGUCAUUGAGAAUGUUGUCAAUGAUGUGUUGCAAAAGCUUCAUCUGCGAUGCCCUACUGAGUUAAAGGGCCUUGUUGGAAAUGAAGAAAAUUGCAGAAAUGUAGAAUUAUUACUAAAAUCGUGUAGGGUCAUUGGAAUUUGGGGUAUGGGUGGAAUUGGUAAGUCCACCAUUGCUAAAAUCUUAUUUGCUAAACAUUUUCCCCAAUAUGACCAUGUCUGCUUUGUAACCAAUGCAAAAGAAUAUUCACUGGACAAGUUUUUCUCUACAAUAUUGAAGGAAGAGGUUUCCGCAAAAAAUGUCGUAGGAUCCUCGUUUCAUAUGAGGAGACUCAGAAGUAAAAAGGUUUUCAUUGUACUUGAUGAUGUUGACAUGGAUAGUUUUGAGCCAUUGGAGUAUUUAUGUGGAGAGUAUGAAGGCCAGCAUGGUGAUAGUAAACUCGUUAUAACAACAAGAGAUAGGCAAUUGCUUGUUGGAAGGGUUGAUGCGAUAUACGAGGUUCAGAAAUGGAAGAAAACAGAAUCUCUAAAGCUUUUUUGCUCAGAAGCCUUUAAGAAAAGUUAUCCCGAAGGAGGUUAUGAGAGUCUCUCAGAAAGUGCAGUUGAAUAUGCCGGUGGCGUUCCAUUAGCCCUUAAAGUUUUGGGUUCAUAUCUUCGUUCAAAAGGUAUCUGUUUUUGGGAAAGUACUAUAAGAAAACUCAGCUUCUAUCCUAACGAGAGAAUUCAGAAAGUGUUAGAAGUGAGCUACACUGCAUUGCAUGAUCUAGAAAAAAAUAUAUUUCUAGACAUUGUAUUUUUCUUUAGAGAAAAACAGAAAGAUCAUGUCACAAGGAUACUAGAUGCCUGUGGUUUUGAAGCAACUAGUGGAAUAGAAGUUCUUGUAGACAAAGCUAUGUUAACAAUUUCAUAUAGAAACAUACAAAUGCAUGACUUGCUGCAACAAAUGGGUUUGGAGAUUGUACGUCAAGAAUGUACAGCAGAUCCUGGUAGACGUAGUCGAUUGAAGGAUAAUGAAGCUCGUCAAGUGAUUGAAGAAAACAAGGGAACUGAUGCAGUUCAAGGAAUAGAACUGGAUUUGUCUCAAGUUCAAAAUUUACGUUUGCGUUCUGACACAAUGGCAAAGAUGAAAAGCUUAAGAUUUCUGAGAUUCUAUAACUCCUCAGGUCAGAGUUCUAGGAAUACAUACCUCGACCUUCCUACAACUCUUGAGCCGUUUUCUGAUCAACUGAGGUACAUUGAGUGGAUUGGAUACCCUUUUGAGUGUCUUCCAUCACCUUUUUGUGCAAAGUUUCUUGUUGAGAUUCACAUGAAACAUGGCAAAGUUAAACAACUUUGGCAGGGAAUCCAGGAACUAGAUAACUUAGUGGGAAUUGACCUAAGUGGAUGCAAACAGUUUGAAGAGCUUCCAGAUUUGUCUAAGGCGCCAAGACUUAAAUGGGUGAAUCUCUCAUGUUGUGAAAGUUUGCGGUAUCUUCACUCAUCUGUUUUAUCCUCGGCAGCGCUUGUUACUUUGAUACUGAAUGGGUGUACAAAACUCCAGAGUGUUAAAGGCGAAAAGCGUUUAAAAUCUCUAGAGAAGAUCAGUGUCAAUGGCUGCUCAAGUCUGGAGGAAUUUGCAGUGUCAUUAGAUUUAUUUAAAAUGUUUAAUUUGAGCCACAAAGGAAUCCAAAUGCCAGGCACACCAGUAAGGCGAAAGGGAAAACGCAAGAGCCACAAUUUAGAGGAGGAUUUAAGACCCUUGACAUCUUUGAAGGAGAUCAAGCUAUCUUAUUGUCUACAACGUGAUAUGGAUUGGAUCAAGUACAACCUACCUUCAUUACAGCAUAUGUACAUGCUAAAGCUAGAUCAAUGCAAGGUGACAACGUUGCCUGAAAACAUUAAGAAUCUUGGAAACUUGAGAGUUUUGUCCUUGGAGAAUUGUGACGAGCUUCUGCGUCUACCAAAGCUUCCAUCCAGCAUCAAUUACUUUAGUGCCAUUAACUGCACUUCACUGGUGUCAGUGUCAGACUUAGUCAAUUUGGCAAAUGAGAUGUGGGGAAGUACCAGAUUCCUCACAUUCAAGAACUGCUUGAAAUUGGAUGAACAUUCAUGCAAACUUAUAAUGAAAAGCGUACAGUUAGUAAUGGUGUGUGCUGCAUUUGACAACAUGGUGAGAAAAUCCAGUGACCUCCACGACUACAGUUAUAACAGUGUUCAGCUUUGUUUACCAGGAAGCAAGGUCCCACAAGAGAUUAAAUAUAGGAGCACUGAGUCCUUCAUUACCAUUGACCUUCCCAAACUUUCCAACUUGAGGGGCUUCAUUUACUCUGUGGUUCUUUCUCCAUCUGGUGAAACGAAGAAGCAUGGCACCAAGAUUAUAUGUAAACGCCACUUGAGAGAAAAUACGAGGGAAUCAUGGGUAUCUAGUGAUAUCGAGGGAUUGAACACGGAUCAUGUUUAUAUAUGGUAUGAUCCAUUCCACUGUGAUGGCAUUCUCAAAUAUAAUGCACCAAGUGUUUGUUUUGAGUUCUGUGUUACAAAUGAUAAGGGGGAAGUUGAUGACUCUAUGUGUAUUAAAGAGUGUGGUGUUGGCCUUAUAAGCGUUUCAGAACUGCCAAGUGUUUUAGAAGAGUUGGACUGGGAUUCAGAUAAGAAGAAGGACUUAGUGAAGAGAGUGGAGUUAAUAACAGGACAAAGGAUAACCUUAACAUCAAUUGAACAAUCUGAUGAAGAAGAAAACAAUGGCAUGAAAAAUCAGAUGGGGAAUCAACAAGGAAAUUUGAGUGAACACAGUCAUAAAAUAGUUGGUACGGAAUUAGACUCAAAGAUGGUUGACUCGGAUUCAGGUGAAGAAGGCAAUGAGAGGAAAAACCAUUAUUCUGCUAUAGAAGAGAUUAUCAAUUCUACUCAGAAGGAAGUCAAAACUGAUUCUGUCUCAAAUUAUAGGCAGAAUACAGAGUCUGCAAAUGUGGUCAAAUACGAAGGAAAUACAGAAAGGCCAAUUAAACAAGAUGCAACAUUGCAUGAUACUGUUGAAUCAGAGUUAGACAAAGAAAAUGAGUCUAAAGAAAAGUCAAUGAUGGUUGAACUAGAUUCAGUUGAAGACAAUAGAGGGAGUAAAGAAUAUCCUUCUAGUGUUGAAGAGAGCAUUGAAUAUUCUACUUGCAGUGCAACCAAGACAACUGCUAAAAGAGGUCCCAAAGAAAAAUCUAAAAAGUCUACAGAAAUUGUAGCGAAUGAACAUUCACAGAAUGCACCACUUCAAGCCUCUUCCGAAGGGGACUCUGAGGACUUGCAUAAUAGGUUGGAAGAAUCGAUUAAGCAAGUUGUAGAAACUCAUGAUACAGGGAACUUUGCUACUAAAUACUCAUCUUUGGACCUUGAGAAUUGCCUCCAACAGUUGAAUGAAAAUCCAUUUGCAAUCCUUGACUUACUUUCUUAUGAACUAUACCCUUCACUGAAACAAUUAGAAACUUGUGUUCAAAAGGUGGCUCAAGCAAAUGAUGCUACAACUGUUCUCAAUGAGUUCAGAACCUUAGUGUUCUCAAAUUCGUUGCUAAAGAAACUUCAAGACCAAUCCUAUCGGCAACAAAUUGCAGAAUCACUACAGAAACUUCACACUUAUCGUAGAGAAAUUACAAAAGAGCAAGAAGCUGGUUUAGACAAAUUUUUAGAGCUCUACAACAAAGCUGUUGACAUUUCUCAAGAUAAGAUGUUAACCGAGGAUAAACAAGCAAAACUGGCAUAUGAGAAGAGAGACUUGUACAACAAACUUCAAAAUUCUAAACUGAAAGUUCAACAGUUUGACACCACCAUCUCAACUUGUAAGUCUCAGAGGGAAAACCUCAAAAAGAGACAAAGGGAAAUCCAGGAAGCUAUAAAGAAACUUCAACUAGAAAAUGAAGCCUUGGAAAAGGAGAGCACAACACUAGAGGUUUUAUACUCUGAACAACAAACCAAGAAGAACGAAACACUUGAAUCAGUGAAGUGUAUCUCGAUUUCUGUUGUUCAAACAACCAAACAAUUAGAAGAACUUGAAGAGAAAAGUUUGAGUUUGGCUUCAGCUUACGAAGGCCUCAAAGAGCCAUAUGAAAGAAUGAAGACAAAACCCCCAUUCUAGUCUACUUUUAUUUGAUUCAUUCCAUAGAUAAGUUCCUGGCUGUAAAUAAGUGUGAUGUGUUGAAGAUGAUAAGAUAUUUGUUGAAAGUGAAAUUUGUAUGGAUGAUGUAUGAGGUUUCAAUUGGUAUUUGACUUCAAGUUUUAAUGUAUUUUGUACCGACUGA